CUUGCUAGCUUAUCCUUUGCUUUUAUAGUUUAUUUUACCAACUGCCUUAUACGGCUUUCAACGUGCACAUGCGGUUUUGUGGCGUUUCUUGCCGGAGUGCUGAUCCACCACUGGUACUGGUUACAUGGCGUGAAACUAACUCGAAAAGAGAUGAUAUUCUUUGAUGAAACAAAUCUACUCGAAACCUCCAACGUUUUUGAAUAUACGUCUGUACCAAUUACGGAGGGUACCACACCCAUCUCUGGUCCUGACGUUUUUCCUGAUGCACCUACAACUAUUUGGCAGGCCCUGUUCUGUGAUGACAAGCAAUUGCAGAUGCAAAAGGUUAGCAUUCCAAAAUGCCGCUAA